UCCAACGAGUGCUGGUAGGUGAGACGCCGGGAAUAGAUUAGAGGCGACUAGCCACGACGAACCGCCGAGCGCCCCCUGCCAUGGCUUCCUCCUCCUCGUCCCGCCGCUGGCGUCGUGCCCUCGAGGAGCCCCCGCAAGGACCGACGCCGCCGGGCGUCGAGGACAAGGGCUGGGCGGAUCUGCCGCGCGACGUGCUGCUGACCGUGCUCCAUAUGCUGGGCCAGGCCGACAUCCUCACGGGGCCCGGGCAGGUGUGCGGGCCCUGGCGCCGGGCCGCGCGAGGCGAGCCGGAGCUGUGGCGCCGCGUCGAGCUGCGCUUCCCCGCCGGCCUCUCCUCCCGCGUCGAUCUCUGCAAGGUGGCACGCGACGCCGUCCGGCUCAGCUCCGGGCAGUGCGAGGCCUUUUUGGCCCAAGGCGCUGCGGACUGCAGCGUCCUCUCCCAACUCGUCGAAUCGGCGGCGCUUUCACUGAGAAGCCUCCGGCUUAUCUCCUGCCAAGGCAUCUACGACAGCAUGAGACUCGCGUCAGUGAUGACAAAGUUCAGUCUUCUCGAGGAGCUGGAGCUGUCAAACUGCUGGGGCGCCUUCCCGGAGACGUUGGCAGCCGUUGGCAAGGCCUGCCCGCUCCUGACACGCCUCCGGCUGAGCAGCAAGCGCUUCAUCAAACGCGAGCCGAUCGCCGUUAUCAGUGGUGAGGUGACGGCGAUAGCCACGACGAUGCCCGCGCUGCGCUCCCUGCAGCUGUUCGCCAAUCGCCUCGGCAACAGAGCCCUGGUGGCCAUCCUGGACGGCUGCCUGCAUCUGGAGUCGCUCGACAUUCGCCACUGCUUCAACGUCGUGAUGAACGACGAGAUGCACUCCAGGUGCUCUGGUAUGCAGACGCUCAGGCUCCCUGGAGACUCCACGGACGACUACGACCUCGAGUUUUCUUCGCCGGAGAUGGUUCUGCCGGAGGCAAGGAGACCUGAGGUGGACUUCGACGAGGACGAAUGGAUCGUCGACGAUAACAAAUUGGAGUGCACUUCGCUUUGGUCUCCACCUCUGUCCAUCUGGUACGAUUGAUUAUGAGAAUGCACAUGUUUACUGCGCCAGAGCACUCUAUAGCUAGCUAGCAGGUAGAAGUAUCAGAUGAUAUUUCUGUUAUCAAUUCAUAUCAUGAGAGGGAACGGCUGUCGCUGGAUGUAAAUCUGUUACAUUUAAAUAUUUGUUCAAGAGAGGACUCAGGACCAGCGAGGCCCGCAGACCAAAGAGAAAAAGCAGGGACUCAAGUGUUCGAUCCAGAGCUCGCGAAACUGAUCUCUUUCGAUGGAAUUUUUAACCAAAAAUAGAGGAUUGCAAUCUAUCCUACAUAUAUGCUUUGGCGCUACUA